UCUUACUCGAUAUCAUAAGAAAUGAGGCCGAAUUGUAUUCCCGUGACAGAAAAUCCUCCACCAAAAAUAAAAUGGUCGUUAUUGCUGGGAAUUACAAAAUCUAGGGCUUUGAUAGGGCCAGGAUUCCCAACUGCUGUAACAAUUAUAGUGGCAUGUUGUGCUGCGGAUAAUUUUAGCAAAGCUCUUCGUAAGGUAACGAGAAGGGAGAAUGGUAACAGGCCUUUUAUAUGAAUUAAUGAGCCGCAGAAGUAACGAGAAGGGAGAAUGGUAACAGGCCUUAUAAUGGCAGCGAUUGGAAAAUAACACGAGCACCAGUGUGCUAGCUUUGUUAUCCGUUUAAGCGAUUCUGCCAGCCAUUUGUCAGGAUUUUAGAAUUGACUUGAUAAAAUGAGGGACCUCAAUUUCAUAGGUUCACAGUUAUUGUUUACACCAGAUCUUUGCUGGCACUGCAGAAACACCUCUCGGCCACCAGAGAUUCUUCAGGAUGCACUUAAUGCUGGAUAGCCAAGCCAGAAAUUCAAUGUUCUUCCGUUAUAUAAAUAAGGAUGAAGAGAGGUGGUCAUGAAGUUGAACCCUGUUUCUGAAAUUAUGGAAUCCUCUUGUUUAAAUUCUUUUAUUUUUCGAUUUCCAAGGAUAUGUUCUUCUGCUUGUGCUCUUUUGAAGGAGAGGUUUAAAGCCUUGAUGCAGAGGCAGAGUUCUGCUUUUGCUCUUUUCCAGGAGAGGUUUAAAGCCUUGACGCAGAGGCAGAGUUCUGCUUUUGCUCAUUUCAAGGAGAGGUUUAAAGCCUUGAUGCAGAGGCAGAGUCACUCGGACAAAAAUGGCAAGGUUCCGAGUGAAGCCUCUAAACUACCAGUGCCUCCUAAUCCAUCUAGUCCCUUGCCUGCAGUUGAAAGAAGAUUAGAACCGAGUAGUACUAGCCCUUCAGAUCGCUGUAGCUGGAUUUCACAAACGGCGGCAGAAAAUAAACUAUUGACUCCAAUUUGCAACAAUUCAAUCAGUGUAGAAAAUUCAAAGCCCUACUUUAAGCCGUCAGAGGGAUUAUGUUGUGCCGUUACAGAUGGACAAUUUCAAGCUAGUAAUGAGAGUAGGAAGAGCAGAAGGGAGAACGUUUCUGAGAUUGCAGAAAGGAUUAUGGUUUAUGUCAGAGUGAGACCUCUAUCAAAGAAAGAAGAGAAAAUGGGUGUCUGUAGUUGCGUUAGCGCCGUGAACAAGAAGGACCUCUUAUUGAAAGAUUAUGGAAAUAAGGAAAAUUCAAGUUGCAAAUGGAAUUCAUGGAAUUCUAGUCAGACUUACACAUUUGAUGCAGUUUUCCUUGAAUCUGUUGAGCAACAAGAAGUUUACCAUGCAAGCACUGCAAAGCUUGUUGAUGCUAUUCUCCAUGGAAGAAAUGCAUCUGUGUUUUGCUAUGGAGCAACAGGAGCAGGCAAAACUCAUACAAUGUUGGGAACCGUUGAGACUCCGGGUGUGAUGGCCAUGUCAAUAAAAGAUGUGUUUACAAAGAUUGGGCAGCAGAACUGUUACCAUGAGCCAGUGGUUAUGUUUUCUUAUCUUGAGAUUUACAAUGAAUCUGUGAAGGAUCUCCUCUCACCUGGCAGGCUUCUAGUUCUGAGAGAGGAUAAACAGGGCAAUGUAUCUUUGCUAGGGGCCACCCAACAUAGGGCUUGUUCAACUAAGGAGGCAAUGGAAUUGCUUCAUCAAGGAAAUCAGAACAGAACUACAGCGUCCACUCGAAUGAAUGAAACUUCGUCUCGGUCCCAUGCUAUUUUCCAGGUUGUGGUGGAAUGGAAAAUGGAGGAGGGGUUAAGCACUGUUACUCGCAAGGGUAAACUAUCUCUCGUAGAUUUAGCAGGGUCUGAGAGGGCUGCGGCCACAGAUCAAAGUACAGUCAGAUCUAUGGAAGGAGCCAACAUAAACAAAUCCUUAUUGGCCCUUAGUAGCUGCAUAAAUGCUCUAGUAGAAAGGAAAAGACACAUACCUUAUAGAGAUUCUAAACUUACUCAACUUCUCAAGGAUUCAUUGGGUGGAACUUGUGAAACUGCCAUUAUUGCAAAUAUCAGUCCAAGUGAUUUAACUUAUUCAGAAACAAAGAACACUCUUCACUGGGCAGAUCGAGCAAAAGAAAUUCGCACCAGAGCCUUCAUUACAAAUGAAGGGUUGGACAAACUUGAAGUCCAAAUUGAAUACUCAAAGCUGCUUGAAAUGCAAAAGGAGAUUGAACAGUUAAGAAUGCAGAAUGAUCAGUUGCAACGAAGGUUACUUGCUGUGGAAAACGAAACACUAGAUUCUACUCCUUGCUGUGGAAAAUCUUGGUUGGGAUAGCAAGUAAAAAGUAUGCUCUAUGUUUUGACAUCUCUUACGUUAGGGAAUUAGGGUUGUCUCAGCUAGUAUAUGCUUCAGAGAUAUCCAAUCAAGUCCUUACAAGCAAGCCCAUGGGGUUUGAAGUAAUCAUAAACUUUAUUUUCAUAAAAUUCAGCUUCACAGGAUCCAGGAUAAUAUUGAGUAUAGUGGCCUAAUGUCACGAUACAGCUGGCAUCUAAUAACCAAGCAUUCUUUCUCAACAUUGUUCAAUUGCACUGUAUUGCUAGAGGUAUUGUUUCUACCCAUGUUUAAAAAUUAUUCCUUUAGUAGGCAUGUUAAAUGUAAUAUUGCACUGAAGGUCAUAUUUACUGGCAACUACAGCUCUUGGUGCCAAAGUUAUUUUAUUUAAAGGGAAUUUAUUGGCA